CACUCACGAAACGUCAACAAAAUCAGCCGAUUUGCUGAAUUUUCUAAUCAAUAAUUUUAUUCUGAAGAAGUUGCUCCUAAAAAAGCAAUUAGUUUUCAAUAAAUUAUCCAACAAUGGUUCAAAGAAUACUGUUCACAGUACUGUGCAGUCUAGUCUUAGUGAUUCAGGCGUCUCAUCUUGAGUACGAUGGAUGGCUCAAUAUCGAGUUGUACCACGCGCUGGAUGUCCACGAACCGCAAAAGUUUACCAGCCGCGGAAAUGUUACUAUUACCAGUCUGAAUAGCGGGGCAUCGGCCGUAUCGCAGGAACCACUUACGGUUCACGAGCGGAACCAACUCCGCAAGCUGGCGGAAGAGAAUCGACUGUACAGGUUGGAGGCUCACGUUCUGGAAGCCGAUGGAACCCGGUCCAAGUUUUUGACUUCGUCCAAGGCGUGUGCGCUGGCCAAAUCCCAGCUGGCAGAUGUGCUGUGGGUAUCGUUGGAUCACGCUGGAUCGGUUACUGCGGUCACGCAGUCGGUGAACAACGGCAAUACGGAUAACUGCCGCGACUUGACCGCUCGGGAUUUUGAGGCACUGGACGAUUUCAACACCGACGUUUAUGUGAAACCGAUGGAAAGCGCUCCGAUUCCGGACACUGCUAGCUUCAUUCAGAAGAUGGAACGCGAGCGGGAAGCUCGGGAGCGUGGUGAAACCAAAGAUAAUCGAGGUUUCUUUGCAAAAUAUUGGAUGUACAUCGUUCCAGUUGCAAUUCUGGUUCUUAUUUCUGGAGCCACUAAUCCAGAAGCCGCGGGAGGACAGCGUUAAAGCCAAAUAAAAAAUCAACGCGCUUUAUCAUAUUUUAAUUUAUUAGUAGCAAUUCUCUUCCCAUCUAAUAAAACAUGAUUCGCUACACUUGACAUUGAA